CGCGAAUAUGCUUUUACUGAAUAGUAUUUAUUAAAUGUGCUAUAGUUUCGACGUGUCAGUUCGUUGUAAAUAAUUCGCAUCGCUAGUCGCACAGUGAAAAGUGUCUAACACGCGUUCAAUUCAAACAGUGGAUAAGAAACACUUUCCCAUAGCAAGGAAAGACAACAAUAAUUGCAAAAAAAAAUUAAAAAACAAUAAUUAGUAACAGCAUCAUGGCGGAUAAAAUAAAUGUUUGCAUCGUUGGCUCUGGCAACUGGGGUUCGGCCAUUGCAAAAAUUGUGGGCGCCAAUGCAUCGGCGCUGCCCGAGUUUGAGGAGCGUGUCACAAUGUUCGUCUACGAGGAAAUGAUUGAUGGCAAGAAGUUAACGGAAAUUAUCAAUGAGACUCACGAGAAUGUAAAAUACCUUAAGGGACACAAGCUGCCAACAAAUGUGAUUGCAGUGCCCGAUCUGGUUGAGGCUGCCAAGAAUGCCGAUAUACUCAUUUUUGUGGUGCCGCAUCAGUUCAUACCAAAUUUCUGUAAGCAAUUGUUGGGCAAGAUCAAGCCCAACGCCAUUGCCAUAUCACUGAUCAAGGGCUUCGAUAAGGCGGAGGGUGGCGGCAUUGAUCUAAUUUCGCACAUUAUCACCCGCCAUCUGAAGAUACCAUGCGCUGUGCUGAUGGGGGCUAAUCUGGCCAAUGAGGUGGCCGAGGGCAACUUUUGCGAGACAACAAUCGGCUGCGCGGACAAAAAAUAUGGCAAGGUGCUGCGCGAUCUCUUCCAGGCUAAUCAUUUCCGUGUAGUCGUUGUGGAGGAUGCCGAUGCCGUUGAGGUUUGCGGUGCCCUGAAGAACAUCGUCGCCUGUGGUGCGGGCUUUGUCGAUGGUCUCAAACUGGGCGACAAUACCAAGGCAGCGGUCAUUCGUCUCGGCCUUAUGGAAAUGAUUCGAUUCGUCGAUGUCUUCUAUCCGGGCAGCAAAUUGUCCACGUUCUUUGAGAGCUGCGGCGUUGCCGAUCUUAUCACAACGUGCUAUGGCGGUCGCAAUCGUCGUGUAUCUGAGGCUUUUGUCACAUCUGGCAAAACUAUUGAGGAACUGGAGAAGGAAAUGCUCAAUGGUCAAAAAUUGCAGGGCCCACCCACGGCAGAGGAGGUCAACUACAUGUUGAAAAACAAAGGCUUGGAGGACAAAUUCCCCCUAUUUACUGCCAUACACAAAAUUUGCACAAAUCAGCUUAAGCCUAAUGAUUUAAUCGAUUGCAUACGCAAUCAUCCUGAGCAUAUGGAUACGACCAUCAUGCCGUCGCCAAAACUCUAACUGUGUUACACCAAAUAUGUAAAAACAAUCAAACAAAGAAAAACAAAAGAUAAAAUCAAUUGUAUAUAUCCAAUCAAUUCAUACGCGAUUACUUACUAUCACGCACACACGCAUUUACAACCGAUCUGAGCACAGAUUGUACAGUCAGAAAAUCGUUUCCUUCGCCAAGUUCAACAUGCAUUUCGAUUUCGCCAAAUCACAAUGGUUUUCUAAUGUGUUAACCGUUAAAUAUUUUCAAUUUAUGUGUACAUAAGAGAUAAUGUCAGUGUCAUAUUGUUAAAAAAUGAAUUUUGUUAAACAUUAAUAAAGUAUUUAAUUAUUUUUUGUACAUAUCAAAAACAAAAAGCAUAUUUAGGAAAAAUAUUUUCUUAUGAAAACAUAUUUACGAAUUGGCAGCAACUAAUCGGCAGAGAUCAGUAGGUAUCAAAAUUUGACGUUAUUUUAUAAUUGAAUAUUACUUUGUUAAUUUACAUUUGUUUUUGAAUGCAAUUUGGAAUGUUACGCUUACCCACACCGAGCACUUUAUAUAAAUAAUGAGUUUUGUUUUCUAUUCCGCAGGCAAACUUUGUAAAAUAGUAAUACAAAUUUUUAAACGAUGUUAUGCACCAAACAAGAGUCAAUAGUAGUUUUUCAGCACCACUCAUUCAGUCUUCAGAGGUCACUCAGUCAACUAUUACUACUACUACCCAGCCAACGACAAGAAUAUUUAUAGGUUGUUAAUUUAAUUGUAAAAUCCAACGCAUAUCCAGCGAUCCACAGAACCGAAGAAAAAAAUUUUGAAGUCUGCCUUUUUUAUUUUAACUUAGUUUUUACAAGUUUAAUUAGCAAGAAAUGUGCGCAUGUACCUAAACAAACAAUUGUAAAUAACAACAAUUAAUUUUACAAUUACAAUACUUACAACAGAGGCGUAAUAAACGGAACAACAAUGGUUAAUUUUAAAUUGCAAUCUUAGAAA